AUGCCUCCACUUGGUACGGGUACAGAACCGGGCAACCAUCAACCAAUUGCCAAUGCCUACUCGUCAAGUGGGAGGCAGCUUUCUUUUCCCACCAUGCUCCUGAUGCUGAUUGGCGCUUUCAUUCUCCGGAAUGUCCUAUUUCAUGACUAUCGAGCAGACGAAAUGGCAGCCCUAAAGGCCAGUGGUCAAUCGGAGGAACAAAUUGACUCCUAUGUACCGAGAACAUCUUCGGAACGGCGAAAGAAGCAAAUGGAUGAUGCCAAGUCCUUUGAAACCAUGAAAGAAGAUAUGGUGUUUCUAAAAGAGGAGGUCAAAUACCUCAGAAAAAUCAUGGCAGACAACAAACUAAAGGGAUUGGAAGAAAAACCGGCAGGUAAAGUAGUGGAAGAUACCAAGUGA